CGCAAGCGCAUGGUGGUGCCGGCCGCGCUCAAGAUCAUCCGCCUCAAACCCACGCGCAAGUUCGCGGUGCUGGGCCGGCUGGCGCACGAGGUGGGCUGGAAGUACCGGGAGGUGACCGAGGCGCUGGAGGAGAAGCGCAAGGAGAAGGCGAAGCUGCGCUACAACAAGAAGAAGAAGCUGAUGAGCCUGCGGCGCCGCGCCGAGCGCAACGUGGAGGCGAAGACGGCGCCGUUCACGGCGGUGCUGAGGCAGCACGGGGUCCUGCUCUAAUAAAAGGGGCUUUGCCAG